AGCUUUAACAAUAUACCGUGACAUGCAUUUGCAAUGAUUUUGAGAGCUUCACACUAUUAAAUUUCAAAUGAAUGAAUGUGAUGGGAAGGCAUGAGCUCACAUCAGGUCUGAAAGGCUCUCCUUUUAUAAACUGUAGACAGAAACAUUUAAUGGUUACUGGUUAAGUUCUUUAAUACUCACUAUAUUACUUAUCAAAUAUAAUUGCAAAACUUGUAUCAAGUGGCUAAUUGCAAUUAGUUAGAAAGCUGUUAUACCAUCCAUUUACUGUUUUCUAAUCUGCCUGUUGAAAGCCACAGGUCAUCAAAUCAUAGCACAGCUCACCUGCAUAGCAGCAGAGAAAGGUCACCUUAGUACAAGUGAGAUAUGCUUGCAGUAUAAAGGGUUAAUUUGAAAGUAAUGUGUGUAAAAAUGUGAUUUGGUGGCACUCUGUAACCUUAUGAGGAGAGCAAAUCCAAGAGUAAAUGCAGCUCGACAGCCUGGGUGAACUCGAGUUAAUUUCAGAGAGCCGUGGAGCAGCAACUGGCUGGGAGGACCUGAAGUCCAACAUCUACCCCUGCUGGUCACAGAGGAGCCCAAACCUGCUCAGCAUCCAGAACAUACAGUACUUUACAGUACAUGGAGAUCUGCAUAAAUUGUCCAAAUCAUGAACAAACUAUAUAUCGGGAAUUUAAGUCCUUCGGUCACUGAGGAGGACUUGAAGCAGCUCUUUAGGGAGAAGAACCUUCCAGUGCCCGACAAGAUCCUACUGAAAAACGGCUAUGCUUUUGUGGACUUCCCCGAUCAGAACUCGGCCAUAAAGGCUAUAGAGAUUCUUGGUAAUGGUAAAGUUGAAUUACACGGAAAGGUGAUAGAGGUAGACUACUCUGUUCCCAAAAAACUAAGGAGUCGGAAGAUCCAGAUCCGGAACACCCCUCAUCUACAGUGGGAGCCAUUAGACUCCUUACUAGCUCAAUAUGGUACUGUAGAAAGCGUGGAACAAGUGAACACUGAUACAGAAACAGCAGUGGUGAAUGUUACAUACGCAACCAAGGAGGAAGCUAAACUAGCCUUUGAGAAGUUGACAGGACACCAGUUCGAAGACUACUCCUUCAACGUGUCAUAUAUCAUGGACAUGGAUGCUGCUCCACCCGUCCAGGCUCCCCGCACACGGCGUGGGGGUCGGUCUUCCCGGGACCAGGGUGCCUGUCAGCCCGGGCCGUCAGGAGGCUUCGGAUCUCCGCGUCCCCGACAACAGGACUUCCCCCUGCGUAUCCUCGUGCCUACUCAGUUUGUGGGAGCCAUCAUCGGCAAAGAAGGCCUCACCAUCAAGAAUGUCACCAAACAGACGCAGUCCAAGGUGGACAUUCAUCGGAAGGAAAAUGCAGGUGCAGCAGAAAAACCCAUCACCAUCCACUCAACCCCCGAGGGCUGCUCCUCCGCCUGUCGCAUGAUCCUGGAGAUCAUGCACAAGGAGGCCAACGAGACCAAGACGACGGACGACAUCCCUCUGAAAAUCCUUGCCAACAACAGCCUGGUGGGUCGGCUGAUAGGGAAAGAUGGCCGCAACCUGAAAAAGAUCGAGGAGGAGACAGGGACCAAGAUAACUAUCUCCUCGUUACAAGACUUAACCAUUUGCAACCCUGAGAGGAUCAUCACGGUGCAUGGCAGCUUGGAGGCGGUUUGCAAAGCCGAGGCGUUGAUCAUGAAGAAGCUGAGGGAAGCCUACGAGAACGACAUUGCUGCUAUACACCAACAGGCCAACCUGAUCCCAGGUUUGAACCUGAACGCUCUGGGCAUCUUCUCCUCUGGUCUGCCGGUGCUGCCCCCUGCUGCUGGACCACGUGGUGCAGUGCCCCAUGUGGCACCAGCAGGAUACAACCCAUUCUUAAGUCACUCUUCACAUCUCAGUGGCCUGUACGGGGUUCCUCCAGCAAGUGCCAUCCCCCACCAGCACUCACACCAUGCUCCAGAACAGGAGGUUGUCUACCUCUUUAUUCCAACUCAGGCAGUCGGGGCCUUGAUCGGGAAGAAGGGCCAGCACAUCAAACAACUUGCCCACUUUGCCGGAGCUUCCAUCAAGAUCGCCCCGGCUGAGAGCCCAGACGUCACCGAGAGGAUGGUUAUCAUUACUGGAACCCCUGAAGCUCAGUUUAAGGCCCAAGGUCGGAUAUUUGGGAAGCUGAAAGAAGAGAACUUCGUCUCAGCAAAGGAGGAGGUCAAACUGGAGACGCACAUCAAGGUUCCCUCGACUGCAGCGGGCAGGGUCAUCGGUAAAGGUGGCAAGACGGUAAACGAGCUGCAGAACCUUACGAGCGCAGAGGUCAUCGUACCGCGGGACCAAACUCCUGACGAGAAUGACGAGGUCUUUGUGAAAAUCAGUGGGCAUUUCUUUGCCAGCCAGACUGCACAGAGGAAGAUCCGGGAGAUCAUUCAGCAGGUCAAACAGCAGGAACAGAAGCACCAGCAGUGCGCCGCCGUGUCACCGCACCACUCCAAGUGACCAGCGAGGUGGCUCCAGUGGGCACCAGCCAAUGAAUGUAGCCCUCCCAAACGGACAGAGACCUACCCAGACUAAGGCCAAGGCCAAGGGGGACAUGCAGGGCAGACCAGCAGCACCGGGAUCAAAACCAAAGAACUUCGCUAGGGGGGAAACAAGUGAGAGCCAAAGGCUGAGGGCAUUGUGUGCACUGCCAGCCCUGUGAGAGCAGAUAAGAGUGGGAGAAACCGUACUGAUACAACAAAAUAAAAAGACCAAAAAAAAAAAAGAAAAAGAAAAAUCGACAAGAAAGGUGGAAAUGGCAGAGAAUUUGGGAACUGUUGUCUUUACAGUUAAAAAAAAACGGUAAAACAGGAACUAGUAUGUCGCCCUGCAUAACGUUAUCUCUUUAGUUGGACUAACAUAGGCCUAACAAACAGAUAAAGCAACUCUAUUAACACGAGCGUAUAGGAGGCAUUGUGAUUGAUAUUUUGGGUUAGAACGAGAGCGAGUGACAAUGAACACCUUCUCUCACAAGCGUUUGAGAUAUUUAGAUUGUGAGAUUAAAUAUCCUUAGCAGUAUUCAUACAGAGUAGUAGAAAAGUAUAUUGAUACACACUGAGAGUAUGCACUGUUAUUUUUCUAUGGAAAUGACAGUAUAGCUCGGUGUAGUUUUUAAUAUUUUGCUUGUUCCAGAGAUUGAUUGGGCUUUGACAGCCACAUACGGCGGUUUCCCUUGUUUGCUCCCAUUUAGGCCACUGAAAUCAAAAAGAACACCCCUAUAAGUAAAUAUGGUGAAUGGUUCUGAGUCUUUGUAACAAGCCUGUGUGUGUGCCAACGCAAAAGAUAACGUCCCUUCCAAAUGUCUCUCACCAUUCAUAUCUGAUGCUACACUUUUUAUUAUUGUUUCCUUCUUUUCUGCAAAUUUCUGCUUCACCUUCUCAUCACUCUCCCUCAUCUGGCAUCGUGGUUUUUUUUUAAAGCGCUAAAAAUAUUUGUUGUCAAGAAACACUUUUUUUCGUAGCCUUUUGAUAACCUUAAACUGACUGCCACUUUUGCUAAAGAGAGGUUAAUGCAACCGAGGGAUUUUUUUUUAAACCAGUAAACUGGUGUCACUCUUCCAUGCUGUACAGAAGACGAUGUCGAUAUUCAUGCUUGUUGUCCUGAUAGCUAAAAAAAACAAAAAAACAAUCUAUAGAUGUCUCUAAAGACACUUUCCUCAACAAUCAGAGCAAAAAUCGGCGUCUUAAAAAAAGAAAAAACUAAAAUGGUGCACCUUUGCUAGUUACAGGUGCUUUUUUUUUUUUUUUUUUUGAAUGUGCACCGCCACACGCUCGGCCUUAUGAGGACGUCACGAGGGCCAACACGAAGUGUGAGCUGAGGGCCCAGAAAAGGGGGGAACAGGGUGAAGGGAGGGAGGGUGAGGGUGGGAUGGUGCAGACUCUUGGUGUGUUGGGGUGGCAGUGAAAAGAUUCGGGGUUAGAGCAUUGGGGUGGGCUUUAUAGGGAGGCACUGUAUGACCUGUGGUACACACACAACCGCAAACGUGACCGCAGCCGCGUUUGGCUUUAACCCUCUCUUGUCAGGGAGCUUUCUAAAAUGGCAUGACAGCUGUGAAUGUACGAUAUGCAGCCUUUUUAGAAAAAUAUCACCCCCUGCCGCGUCCAGCAGGCCAGGCCAGCGGCACACGACACACAGAUUGUCAUCCUCACGCUCGCUCUUUUUGUUUAACUUUUUUUUUUUUUUUUUUAAAUCUUGGUUGUUUUAUUUUGGCGAGCUGGCCGACUGCUCUGCGAGCACGCUGGACAUGCAGGUCCUGGUGUCCCUUUGUGCUUUACUUUGGAGACCAUGGAAGCUUGUUGCCUUAUUUUGUCACCUUUCAGACAUUCACCCCAUCAGCUUCAUCUUCCAGACGCAAGGUUAUUGCCAAUACGCACAGCUUCCUCCGUGUGUGUAUGUGUGUGUGCGUGCGUGUGUGUGUGUAUAUAUAUAAAAAGAGAGAGUAAUAUUUAUGAAUCUAUUUUUUCCUAUUUUGUGAUGAGAGCUAUUGAUAAGAAACAAAAAGAAAACAAAGUCCUUUUCUUUUUUCCUCAGUGGGACACUGCCAUAUUAUUUUGAAGGGAAGUGUUUAUUUUCUUGAAAACUAGACUAUGAAUAAUAAUAUAAUAAAUAAAAACCUGAAAAAAUAGGAGAACAGUAAAGUGAACCACCGCGUUAACUUUGGUCAGGAUGUGAACAGUGCGCAUGUCAGUAUUGUGAUCUACCUCAGGCUUCAGGGUACCUCAGUCCAAUCUUUCAUUUCCCCUUUUUCCACAUUUUGUAUGCCUUGUUAAAUGAUCAUUUUGAGCGUUUCUAAUUUUCUUUUUUAAUUAAAAAAAGAGAAAAGAUUUACAGUAAACUCUACACUCUUCAGGUCCAGCCGACUAGUGAAACUUUGUAAAUCGUAAAUCGUAGUCAACUCUGUUGGACUGUGUUUGCCUGGACGCCAUACAACCUCUUAAUGAUACACGUCAAAGGAUAUCCAAGCCGAUUUUGCUAGAAAGGAAUGAAGAGCAGGAUCUAAGGGGUACAUACCUGCCCGAUGUGGUUCUGAAUGUGGAUGUUGUGUACUGAUUUCACCAUCAAAAGAAAGAUACAAAUCAGUUGAUAUAAACAGAAACUAACCAACUGUACCUCCUGUUUUUCCCAACUGUACCUCCAGGUUUUUUGAGACUUUAGAGAAAAAAAAACUAUGAAGUUUAUUCACUUGUGGAAAAAAAAAGAAUUUUAUAACAACCCAACCCAAUCUUACCAGCUCUAUUUGAUAUCAGCUUACUCUGGGGUUGAUUUGAAGAAAAUACAAAGCUGCAAAAAUACACUGACAGGACUCUUGAACAUGGUGUAAAACCCUAGUCUUCUGUGUAGAAUGUAGAACAACUCUAGUCGUUGAAAUGUCACUGUGUACGACAAGAUAACUGUAUAUCUGUAAACAUGUACAAUAGAGUCACACAUAAAUGCAUCGUUUUCUGUCUCUCUAUGACACUUACCAGUCUGCAACUGCGUUGUGAGAGAUGGUGGGAGAAGUUUAGAGCGUCACAGCUUCCCUCAAACUGACCUCUAAAUGGUUUUCUCAUCAAUCUACCGAUUAAGAUUUUUUUUUUUGUUGUGCUGUACAUUUCAGAAUUACCUCUCUGAAUCCAAGGCUGACUUUAGUUACUAAAAAUCAAUGUAGGGCAAAGGAAUUAAAUAAAUGAAUGAUAUAGUGAAAGUUAGCGUUUGUCUUUGGACUUCUUUUAACUGUUGAGAGCUGAUUUUACUUUUCGGAGGGCAGACUGUUGUCAUCAGAUGAGGUGGAUUAUCAUUUUUGUCCCAGUGAACACAGACUAGCAGUGCUAAAAUAAAAAAUAAAGGUCUAUCAAACUCACACAAUGCCUGAGGCGGUUUCAGCACGCCUCUCCACAGCCGGUACAGUACCUCAUACGAUGACGAUAGCUCAACAGACCUGAUUCAAUUACCCUGACCUUACCCAUACGAAUGCAGUACGGUGCUUCUAGUCGAAUGCAUGACUCCUGUGGUGGUCUGCUUCACUUUAGUAGGGCAUGUCUUGGAGAAAACGGCUUUUCACAGUAGCACUGGAAAUCGUAGUUUGUCACUUAAUGGUUUGUCUGACUGUCAGGAGCAGUUCUUUUUUUUUUAGAGCAGUUUUGAAGUUGAGGCUCUUUUCUUGCAUUGCAGAGGACUCUUCAGACUCUCUCUCUUGUAUUUUUGGCUCUUUCUAAGCGCAGGUUUCCCUCUAGCUGGUUUGGUUUCACUGUGGUGCUGUUCGAAGUGCAUCCGGGUUGUUGAGACAUCUGAGCGCCAACCGCGGUCUGAGGCGAAACCUGUAAACAUAAUAGUAACCUUUUCUUUUACUUCCAGGGGAUUGGUGUUUCUAGGUUUUGUGGGGUGUUGCUAGGCAUUAAUUUUCAGUACCAUAAAACCACAAAUGCACACAUCACCGAGGGUGUACAGUGUUGUUAGUCAUAUCACACAGUGGUUGAAUAGCUUAGGCUUUAUUUUGUUUUCUGUUGAUCGGGUUUUCUCGUCAUUUACACUGAUUAAAUAAUGUAGUCUGGAGCAUAGCUGGGAUUCUUUAAUAUUCAUUCCUGUUAGAUCACUACCAGUAAUACUAGCUGUUAAAUUGUGGUUGAAAAUAUCCUAGCUAGGAUUUUGAACAGAUUUGGGAAUUGGAAUGGAGAAAAAUGCAAAGUAGUUAUGCCUGUUUGACAAAGCAGAAGGGUGGACAGAGUAACCAAGUCUGAAGAUAAAGCUGAUUAAACUUGUUCUGCCUUUGUGACUGAACAAACCAGAAGGCAUUCAACACCAUCCAGCAAAUGUGGACACGGUGGUGAAGGAUUUAGUCUGGUCAGGUGUAAGCAGAACCACAGCAGUGUUUUUUGUCCUAUCUUGUUGUUAAAUGAGAAAAUGCAAAGCAUUGCAUGAGACUGAUUCAGGCGAUCCAGUAUGUACUACACUUCAUAUAGCACUAGACUUUUGAAUAGUGGUUUUACAUGGAUCCAUUUCUUAACUGCAUUUCACCAUUUGGGAGAUUCCUUUUGUUUCCUCAGUAGGUCACAACCCUCAAGUCCUACAAUUCCCACAGGCCAAAAGGUCCCAAACACCUCAAGGUAAUUGGUGACUGUGAGCUGGACAGACAUAUGAUCCAUUUUUAAUAUAUCUCAUGGAUCCAUGCCUUUCUGGUAACAGCCAUGCUGUUGUUUUGAGUUGUGAGUGAACUGUAUUGCUGAGCAACCUGGAUCUGAGCAAUAAAGAUUAUUUGAAAGAAAA